GCGGGCCUGAAGUUGGGGCCUGCACUGUUUUGACCCUGGAGAAGGGAGGGCAGUCAUGUCGAAAAGCUGGAUUUCAGGGUGACUUUUGUUUACAAGCCCUGCCGUUCCAUGUAAGCUCCGUUCUUCUUUAUUGGUCAGGAGGUACCCCGUAAGCUGGCAGGUUUAUGCGGUACUCGGAUAACGAAAGACAUGGAGGUUUUCGCAGAGGGAGAGACGGACGAGCGAAAGAAGGAACUGUGGAAGCUGCUGUCCAGCCUGAAGACCACGGUUGAAGGACUUGUUUCUACAAACAACCCAAACGUUUGGUCGCGCUAUGGUGGCCUGCAGCGGCUGCACAAAGACAUGAACAACAUCCUCAGCCAUGAACUGAAGAAUGAACAGGUGUACUACAAGCGCAGAGACUACUGGCCGUUUGUGUGGUGUGUUCGCUACAUCAGCCCCCAUCUUGCCUCACAUGUUGAACAGUUUAGUAAUCUGGAACCAGUGCUCAGUAAUGGGAUGCAGAGUGCAGGUGAAAGCUACAAGGCGGAGCGUUGGCUCCUUCACAGCUUACAGGCUCACAUGCUGUCGGCUCAGCUCAAACCUCUGCUCAGGCAUCUCGGACACACUCGCAAAUAUUACAAUGAUGAUGCCUUUCUGCUGAGUGAGCCUCAUGUGACUGCGAUGUUUCAAUGUCUGGAAGCAGUGGAGCAGAAUAAUCCCAAACUGCUGGCCCAAGUCGACACAGUUGGACUGUCCCCUCUGAAGAGCUCUCCGUGUCUGGGACUUUUAAAGAGCCAGAGCCUUUGUCUGCUGCCAGGGGCCGGUGGGACCUGGAGGAAUGCUGACACGGCUCCUGGAGGAGAGACUCUAAACCGCAGACUCACCACCUCCAACUGCUCUCUGCGAGAAGCAGUAUCCACUAACCAUCAGUCUGCAAGCACUACUGGAUCUAGAUCCUAUGACAGCGACAACACACACACUACCUCUCCCGACAGCAGCUUGGGAGUUCCCUGGGUGUUUGUGUCCAGACCAGAGGAGAGCGGCCGGCUCAUGACACCCCCUCCCGGAUCAGGGUCCAUCCCUUGCACAUUCCUAACAGAAUCCCCCUCUCCCUCCUUGGCUCAGCCUGAAGACUCUUGUGACGGCGACUCUGAUGACGGCCCGGAGUAUCUGGCAAUCGGCAACCUGGGCCAUCGCAGUCGUAGAGAUUCUCGAGGCUCGUCUCACAGUAGUGAGCAGGAUGAAACCAAGGAUCAGUAUCUGCAGAAAAGCUCCGUGGCCCCGGCUGCACCGAGGCGUUCGUCUUUUUCAGAGGGCCAGAGGGGGCCGGGUAAAACCUCACGAGGUCACACUCGCUCUUUUUCUGACACAGGAAUCAACCAGAAACUCAGAAAUGGAGGGGGCCAGAGAAAAAUCACCAUAAUAAUAGAGGAUCCUGUAGCAGAAUCAGCAGGUGAAGGCUCUUGUGGGAAGGACUAUAGUCCCUUUUCUUCUCAGCCCAGUGAUUCUAGCAUCAACAAUUCAGUGUGCACGGACUCUCAUGGAUCCCAGCACAGCAGUCUUCAAGAUGGGUUGUUUAGGAAACCCUCAAAGGGACAAAGCCUGAUCAGCUACCUGUCAGAGCAGGACUUUGGCAGCUGUGCUGAUCUGGAAAAGGAGAACGCUCAUUUCAGCAUUUCGGAGUCCCUCAUUGCAGCCAUUGAACUGAUGAAGUGCAACUUGCUGCGUCAGGAGGAAGAGUGCGAAGAGGAGGGAGACAGCGACUCUGAGAUUCAGCAGCUCAAGCAGAAGAUCCGCCUGCGAAGGCAGCAGAUCCGACGCAGCCGCGUGCCGUUUUGCAUGAGUUCACAGCAUCAUUUCCACUCCACGGACAGCGGGGGCUCCAGGAGGAGCUCUCAGGACUCCUAUCAGGGCCUGUCUGACUCUGGCUCGGCUGAGGAGGUGGAGGAGUGUGAGCUUCAAGAUGGCUGUGAGGGUCAGUCCCUGCUGGCGGUGUCACAGAGCGGCCUCUCCCUGUCACUCGCCUCCCUCUUCUCAGAUGCUGACAUCAAGCGCACUGUCAGCUCCAGUGGAAGAUCUUUUCUCAGCUCAGAGUCCAUCUCUCCUUCAUACCUCCAAUCGAACUCUGCUGAGUCGGUGGCCAUGGGUUUACUCAGGCAGUUUGAGGGCAUGCAGCUUCCUGCAGCCUCAGAGCUCGACUGGCUGGUUCCAGAGCACGAUGCUCCUCAGAAGUUGCUGCCCAUUCCCAACUCUCUGCCGAUCUCUCCUGAUGACGGUGAACACGCAGACAUCUACAAGCUGAGGAUUCGCGUCCGGGGCAACCUUGAAUGGGCGCCGCCUCGACCUCAGAUCAUCUUUAACAUUCAUCCUCCCCCAAAAAGGAAGAUAAUUGUGGCUAAGCAGAACUACCGCUGUGCCGGCUGUGGGACCCGCAUUGACCCAGAUUACAUCAAGCGGCUGCGAUACUGCGAGUACCUGGGCCGCUACUUCUGCCAGUGCUGCCAUGAAAACGCUCAGGCCGUGGUUCCCGGUCGAGUGUUGAGAAAGUGGGAUUUCAGCAAGUACUACGUCAGCAACUUUGCCCGCGACCUUCUGAGCAAGAUAGCUGGAGAUCCGCUCUUCAAUCCCAACGACAUCAACAGUGGCUUGUACAAGAAGAUCAAAGCUCUGGAGUCUGUUCGAGUUCUUAGGGUGCAGCUGUUCCACAUGAAAAAUCUCCUCAAGACGUGUCGCUUCGCUAAAGAGGUUCUGGACCAGUUUGACAGCCUGCCUGGUCACCUGACGGAGGACCUUCACCUUUACUCGCUCAACGACCUCACCGCCGUGCGUAACGGAGAGCUGGCCCCCCGAAUGAAAGAGCUGCUGAAGCUAGGCACCAUGCAUGUAGCUGGCUGUAUGCUGUGCCAGGCGAAGGGUUUUGUGUGUGAGUUCUGUGGCAACGACAAAGACAUCAUCUUUCCCUUCCAGCUGAGCAAGUGCCAGCGCUGUGAAGAAUGCCGGGCGUGCUACCAUCGAAGCUGCUUCCAGGCUGGAAAAGAUUGUCCUCGAUGUCGGCGGCUGGCAGAGCGCAGACAGAGAAUGGCACGGAAGAACAUGGAGGAACAGGAAGAUGAGGGAGGCGGGACUUAAUGCUGGUUAUUUGGUAAUCAAGAUGAGCACGACUGCGAUGGUAGUCCAAAAUCAUCUGUCACGUUGGUGAUGGUGCACAGUGAUAAUAAUUAAGCUCUUAGUGAUCUGACUGUUCAGAUAUACGUCAAGGGGAACAUAAAUUCCGUUUUUCUCCAUUAUUUACUGUAAGACUCCUUAAAAAAUGCACCUUAUUUUGUGAGUUUGGACGUGGAUUUAGACCGCAGCUUCUUAAAAAAAUAAUCCGUUUUUUUUAAUGAAACGUUCGUUCACCAACACAUUACUACUGAGUCUCUCCUUCAAAAAGUAAAAAAAAAAACUAAUGCAUUUCAGCAAGUGUGUGUCCUCAAAGGAACCACAUUUUUAAUGAUGUAAAUAUGCCGUUGUAAGAUGAAAAUGAAGUUUUUGAAUGUUGAUACCUGCUGCCUCUGAUGUGCUCAGGCUGCUAGAUUCAGGUCUGAUGCUUCUUCCCUCCAACUGCUGGCAGCUGCUUGGACCGCUUAGCUUAGCGAUUAACAGAUGAUGCACCUGCAGUUGCUUUUUGUCAGUUCAAUGGCUGAAUUUAUCUUUGUUUUACAUUUGAUUAUUCUGUAACACCAAUUGCUUUUUUUUUUUUUUAAUCUUUUUUGUUUUUGUGUUAUUCUUUUGUGCCUUGGAGACUAAAUGAGCCGGCGGAGGCUGUGGCGUCUCAGGAAGGAUGAUGCAGAGAUCUAUAAAAUCUGUAGACUCUCAAACAUUCGUGCUGCUCUGGUGGUGGGAUUACUAAACUGGACCAUCGAGUCGACCUGCUGUUGAUGCACAAACGCUUUCAAACCAGCCUAAUCAGCACUUAACUGUUUUGUAACUUGCAAGCUUGUGGACUAACAGGGUGUCCGGUUAAUUGCACUGAUCACGCGUGUGUUUUUGUUUUCGUUGAAGUGAUCAUUUUUUUAAAUGUUCGUUUUAAGAACAUUAAAAAGAAUCCUUUUUCAUGAUGAUACUCUUGUGUAAACCACACUUAUGAGCGCUUCACUUCUAAUUUAAUUUUAGACUUUGAUGGCUUUAAUCUUUAUACAUUUCUUUUCUUCCGCUCGUUGGUGUAGUCUCUGCCUUUUUUGGUGGAUGUAUUAAAAUCCUUCUUUUUGAUAUUUCCCCCUGUUUUUGAGACACAUUUGGGGGGUUAAGUGCCUCGGUGUUGUAGCAAGUGCACAAGAAAAGAAAAUCACAGAAAUGGUGAAAAAAGUUUGUUUUCUUCCACACUUGGCUAACAAAGCUCUCAGGUUUAUUUGAUCAGAAUAGUUUUCCAGCAGUUGUUGUUCAUCUGUUAGAAAUGUAUUUUGCACUUUCUUGAGGCUGAUUUUAGAGCUUUGAGUCCAAUUUCUAAUCAGUGUUUGUUGAACCUGAAAAGUUUUGUUAACCUGAGCUAGUAUUUAAGAAGUAUCAUUCCAAUCAUUUGAUUAAUGCAUCUGUAAAUUAAUAGGCUUUAUAAUGUGUGUUUUUAGAAAUCCCCAUCAAAUGUUUCUUAAUAUUUCCAUGGAUAUAUAUUUUUCUCUCAUAAAGAGUUCAACCUUCAGCUUCCAGGUGAGGCCGGUCGCUCGUCUCUAAUAAAACCUCUUCAGCUCGCCUAUUUGUGGAUUGCCUUUAAUAUGAAGGAGUGACGAGUUUGGAAAUGCACUACCUAUUUAAAUGGAUGUUGAUAAAAAUGUCUUACUAUGUUUGUUCAUCCUGAAUGACUUUGAAUUUGUAAUUUUGUUAACAAUAAAUGACUGGCAAGACUGUUCAAAA